CUGCCAAUAAGGCGUUACGUCAUAGCGCGCGCCUCCUGGCGCUCUAAUCGUUAAGCGCCGGAUGUGUUUGUAUAGCGGGCGAUUGUAUUUCCAUGGUCGCGUUGGUCUCUGCGGUUGACUAUGUCCACUUUCCGCUGGGCUCGUUCACUCCAGCUCACGUUAGCUGUUAUCAAGCCAGAUGCCGUGGCUCAUCCAGUCAUUUCUGAGGCUGUACAUCAGAGGAUUCUGAACAACAAUUUUAUUAUUGUAAGGAGCAAAGAGCUUCAAUGGCGUGCUGCAGACUCUCAGAAAUUCUACUGUGAACAUAAAGGCCGAUUUUUCUAUCAGAGACUGGUGGAGUUCAUGUCCAGUGGCCCUAUGAGAGCAUACAUCCUAGCUCAUGAGGAUGCUAUCCAGCUGUGGAGAAACCUGAUGGGUCCAACCAAAGUGUUUAGAGCUCGCAUUACCGCACCUGAGACUGUGCGUGGAAGUCUAGGCUUAACUGAUACUCGGAAUAGCACACAUGGGUCAGAUUCAGUUGAAUCAGCAUGCCGGGAAAUACAGUUUUUCUUCCCUGAGUUCAACCCAAGUCAAUGGUAUAAAGAACAAGAGCAUUUAUAUCGUGCUGGACCUAUUUGCUAUGAUGAGGAGAGACUGGAGCAUCGGCUUAUGACAGUGUGAGAAUAAAUACAAGAAGUAUGCUCAUCGAAAAAGUAUAUUUAUCAGACCAUCUCCAUUCAUAAUUUGUGAUAUUGGAACAUGGUGUGAUAUUCACAUUUUUAUAUAUAACUCAUCUACUAAUAUUGUUUAAAGAAGACCAGGCUCAGGAUGGACCAGGAUAUAACAUUUUCUGUGAAAUAUUGCUGGCUCUCAACUCUGAAUUUACUUUAUGACGAGAGCUCCAACCACAAACCUUAGGAGGGAACUUCUUCCUGUUUAACCUUGAGAAUGCUAAGCCAAUUUUAUCCACCCUCAGCGCAAAUUUGAGCAUUUUCCUGAUUGUUCGUUUAUGUGAAAUCCUUAUAAGCAGCUUACACUUUACUUAAAGAGAAGUCUGCAUUGUCCUUUCUUUCUAAUAUCCACUCUAAGGCAGACUGUGCAUCAAGUCACCAGGUAUAAUUUUUUUUUGUAGUUUUUCCAGUUCAGUUUACAAGUUUGUGAAAUAAAUAUUCUUGCCAA